CUCCUAGACAUUGCCGUCCUAACGAUAUGCCAGAUAACAGGUUCCAUUUCAGGGAUGGCCUCUCUUUUGCCUUCUGCUUUUGCCCAUGGCGCGUCUUUCAAUGAUGCUGGUUUUCAUAGGCCACCGGAGCAAUUAUUACUUACUUAGCCUCUCUAGCCUCUCAACCCCCAGCCCCCAGCCCCCCAUCUCUACUUGAUCUCCAGUAAAGUGCAUGGCGUGUCUUAGCGUGUGUGGUCUGUAAGGGGUUUAUUUCAGGCGAGUCCGAAGAACUACGAGUUUGACUAUGGGGAGUAUCGCAUAGAGCGGCUCAUAUUCAGUGUCAUAUGAGUAAGAAGAAAUCGAAGCUUGAUUUAGAACUUGGAAUCCAGGAAUUCGCCGGUAGCCAAGAACCAAGAAGCAGGUACUGUAGUGGAGACAGCUACUAAAAUGACCGUUCCUCUUUUGGUGGAAAAAGCCACUAAGUUUUGUCAUUCAUCAUUCAUCACCCGCUAACAAACCUGCCCAUCCACACAGGCUUCUUCUGCAGCAGGGCGCAAGGCAUAAGAUACCCCACCAGCGCGCAUUACAGGCUUACAGUAGAUACCCAAUCCUAGCACCUGCCUGGCGCUGGCGAUUCAGAACUUCCCGUCCCAUACGCACCAACCUGAACCAAGGACAACAUAACACGCCCAUACCCAUUCAAUUUCUUCCCGACGACGACAAGACGAUGGCUUCAUGUUCUUCUUUGGGCUGAACAGACCCGGGCCUUUCCUUUAGUUUCCAAUUACACGUCACUGAUCUAGUGCGACUCAUCACUGUGAUCCUACCUCGAGGCCCUCCAGUUUGCGACUGCAAUGACGACACAAAAUACGCCCAAUACCUCACAUCUCUUUCGAUUUUAGGACGCUCGCCGUCCACUUCCUCAGUAGUUGCUGAGCCGUAUCGAUUUUUGCCAGCCCUCAUAGUCUCAAUAGUUUGGGCUUUGGCAUGAUCAUACUGCUCAAUGCCGCCUCCAGCUCUUCAACACCUCGGUCUUAUCGACCUCGUCGCUUCUGACCCUCGACCAACAUUCGUCGUUGCAUUACCCGAUCAAUCAUCCUCCAAGAUAUCCCACUAUUCGGCCGAUAUCCUGUACCGAAACCCUGCCUUACAGAACUCUUAUACCCUCGACUACUCCAUUGCCUCCAUUCCGCAAGAUGUUUCCCACUCGCCGUUCUGGAAUUGGGUCACCAGCCCGCCAUCUGCGCCAACUUCUCAGUCAGAUGCCACAGGCCCUACACCAACAAAUACGCAACACUCGCUUCCAUAUCUUGGUGUUUACUGGACACGAAGCAUAGUUCUGGGUCAAUGGGUGGUGAUGAGUGGAAAUGAAACGCCUCCUUCGUCAGAGCCCCCGCGCAAAGUUCGAAUAGAGGGAAAGGAGGGCGUGACAACUAGAAGAUAUCCCCAAAAAUCGCCACUGGACAAUGCGCGCUUACCGUCCCGAAAAAAGUCGGAGAGCAAAACCCCUCUGCAUUAUCGCGAUGAAUCAAACACAGGGCUCAUGGUUCCGGUCUCCGACUCUGAAGCAGAGCCAUUUCUUGACGUGGUUCAAAAUGUGGAUUGGGAGUCGACAUCUCUGGGACCCAUGUCAGAUUGGCCCGCUCAACUUCAGCAUACAUUCAAUCAACUCGUCUCAGAUUCGCGACCAGUAGCGCUCUAUUGGGGUCCCGAGUAUGUCACGAUCUACAAUGAAGCCUUUUCAAAAUACUGCGGCGCUCGACAUCCUGGACUUUUAGGACGACCAGCGCCUGAAGCUUGGCCACACCUCAAGACAAGACUUGAUGAAAUGACGGCUUCGCCAUCGAAGAACUAUUCGAAUGCUGAGGAUGAGUCCAAGUUUUUCAUCCCCUUGGUAGAUGGCUCACAUGAAGAGACAUAUGUUAAAUCUUCUAUGGUCCCCAUUGUCUACGACAAGAAAUGCCUCGGAAUCCAGCACUCGCUACUUGAAAUGACCUCGAGACGACUUUGGGAGCGAAGGAUGAAAAUGCUUAUUGAUCUAGGUGAGGCCCUUGUCUCUACAAAGGAUGCCAAGUCGUACUGGUCUAGGACGAUUGAGGAAUUGGAACGCUGGAGCCCUGCCUACGAUGCUCCUUUGGCUUUUUUGUACUCUGUGGCAGAUGACGAAUCCGACACUACCCUUUCAAAAUAUGAUUGUCCCAAGAUUUGUCAUCUUGAGGGCUCUCUGGGCGUGCCAGAGGGACAUGCGAUUGCUCCUCAGGUCCUUAACCUCAGGGAAACAGAUGAGGGGAUGGCUUCUGCUAUGAGAAAGUCAUUAGAUCACCGUCAACCAAUCCUUUUGCAGACAAAGGACGACACAUUGCCAAAAAGCCUGUUGCACGGUUUAGCAUGGCGCGGCUUCGGUGACCCUUGCCAGGCUGCCAUUGUGUUGCCUAUUCGUCCAACUAAAGAGGAAAACACUAUGGGUAUUCUGUUCUUAGGCUUGAAUCCUCGACGCUCAUACGAUAACGAUUAUCGGCAGUUCAUAUCCUUAUUGAACCAGAAGCUUACGAGCUCUCUUGCUUCCACAGUUCUCUUGGAAGAGGAGACCCGGCGGCGGCGCAACAUUACCGAGCAGGCUGCCCACGAUAAUGCUAUGCUUACGCAGCGGCUAGAGUACCAAACUGAACAGGCAGAGAGAUCCAUGCAAACGUUUACCGCGGUUGCUGACUUUAUCCCCGUGGGCAUGUGCUUUGUUGACGUUGAAGGUAAUAUCACCUUUGCCAACGAUGCCUGGCAUCGUAUCACCGGAUGCCCAAGAGGGCCAAUCGUGCAAAGCACACUGCUCGAGUCAGUAUUCGAGGAAGAUAAACAAAAAGUUAUACAAGCAUAUAAAGACGUCCAGAAAGCCGACACGGUUACUUUCGAAUACCGUAUCACCCGAAACGAUAACACUGCAGACCCUAAGAACUUCAAGUUUCCCACAAGUCCUUUAUCUUCAAAUGGCGAAAGAGUCUUGCGUCAUAUCCUGGCUUCUACAAAGGCCGAGAGAGCUUCAGAUGGCAGUGUCAUUCGGAUUCUUACUUGCCUGACUGACGUAACGGUACAAAAAGACACGGCCGAGGAGGCGGUCCGCAGGGCACAAGAAGCGGAGAAUCUAAAGCGCCUCGCCGAGUUUGCCACGGUUGGAAUGUACGAUGUCAGCAUGGAUGGAAGACUGCUUAGCGCGAACAAUCUUUUCUGGGAACUGACAGAUUUGGAAAAGGUCGAUCUCACAAAGACCGAUGUGAGGCCCUGGCCAGAAUGUGUUGUGAAGGAAGAUUUGCAUAUCCUACAGGAAAGCCUCGACAAGCUAGUCGUGUCAGGACGAACUGAAACGGCCGAGUUUCGACUCCGCAACGGCUUGGCGACAGAGGACAGCAACGGGAAUUCAGCUGUGGCUCCGCGAUGGGUGCUUGCUACGUUUAUGCCAGUCAGAAGCUCUGACGGCGUGAUUCAAUCCUUUACCGGCUGUCUGAGCGACGUGUCGAUACAGAAAUGGCAAUUGGAGCAGGAGAAGCUUCGCAAGGAAGAGGCGAUUGAGUCGAAGCGUCAGCAGGAAAAUUUUAUUGACAUGACCUCACACGAGAUGCGGAAUCCAUUAAGCGCCAUCCUUCACUGUACUGACGCAAUUAUUGCCUCUCUUGCAAGAGUGCAAGACAUCAGUGACAACUCUGCACCUCUUACACCAACACGAAGCGGCUCUCAAGGCGAAGAGAGACGUGUUGGCGAAAGAUCCGUUGAGGAGAAGAAGCUCUUGGAGGACAGCAUCGAAAAUGCCGAGACCAUUGUGACGUGCGCUCAACACCAGAAACGCAUUGUUGAUGACAUUCUCACAAUGUCGAAACUUGACUCCAAGUUAUUGGCCGUAACGCCCUGCACGGUAGAUCCGAUCCAAAUUGUGAACGGCGCUCUCAAGAUGUUUGAAGUGGAGGCUCGUCGUGUAGACAUUGAGCUGACUUCUUAUGUCGACAAGUCGUACAAGGAUCUCGCAUAUGACUAUCUUGACUUGGAUCCAAGCAGAGUUCAGCAAGUCCUGAUCAACCUCCUCACGAACGCGCUGAAGUUCACCAAGACUGGCAGCACCCGGCAUGUCACUGUCGGGUUGAAGGGGUCUCUGGAACCACCAGGAGAGGACAUGACAGUGGUUCAGUUCAUCCCUCGAUUCUGCGAUGUUACAGAGGAAUACGACCAGCCCGCGCUUAAGGGACGUAUUCGCCCCGUGUAUCUCUUGUUCGAGGUAAAGGAUACGGGCCAGGGUUUGACGGUGGAAGAGAUGGGCAGCCUCUUCAACAAGUUCGUUCAAGCGAGCGCCAAGACACACACUAAGUACGGAGGAUCAGGACUUGGGCUGUUCAUUUCCCGACGCUUGACAGAACUCCAGAACGGUGCGAUUGGUGUCUCUAGUCAACCUGGCGUGGGAUCAACGUUUGCGUUCUACAUCGAGGCUUUUGCACCAAGCGAAGCCUCCCGGAACGAAGCGCUCGCUGCCGCGGCUGCAGCCAGGUUGAUUACUGGUGCUGACGGUACGGAAGCUGAUGGCAAACGGCCCUGCCGAGACAUUCGCUUGCAGAAGCAUCAAAACCCAGGAGGAAAUGUUCGGCUCGAUGGGAUUCUUGUUGUCGAGGACAACCUGAUCAACCAGCAAAUUACGAGACGCGGGCUGACGGACCGAGGCUACAUGGUAGAUGUUGCUAAUCAUGGAAUUGAAGCGCUCGACAAGCUAAAACGCAGGCAAGGUGGUGUCCCGGGACUUGGCCUUAAGGCAGGCAGUAGUCGCUCGGGGAGGAGUAACAUGAACCCGCUACCUAUAGCUAUCAAUCUCGUUCUUAUGGAUAUCGAGAUGCCGGUUCAAGAUGGGUUGACGUGCACGCGAAUCAUUCGCGAACUAGAAGCAGAGGGGGAAAUCUUUUGUGCGUCUGGAGGUCGCAUUCCCAUCAUUGCUGUUACGGCCAACGCACGGCCGGAACAGGUUAUGGAAGCCAAGCAGGCUGGGUGUGACGACGUUAUGGUAAAGCCAUACAGGAUACCGGAGCUCAUUGAGAAGAUGCAAGUGGUGGUACGACGAAUGGGGGGACUCAGCCCGAACUCGCCAGUGAGAUGAUUGGCAUCGUUUAGAGGGCUGGAAAACAGCUACAGCCCAGGUGAGAUUGCAUUUCAAUUCACGAAUGUUGGCGUUGGCGAAGGUCAGGGGCCACAGCGAAAUAGAGACGGGAGCAUCAAGAAGUUGAUCUCAAGCUGUCUGGAACAGGCUGAGACUGGUGGAACUACCAACCGAAACAUGGCUGGUAAAUAAAAAGAUGGCAUAAGAAGGAGUUCAGGUACAUAAUUGCAUAGGCACAGCGGAGUUUUGGUCUUGCUUGAGGAUAUAUUGCAUAUCAUGGUACGGGACAGCGUUGAAUGGGCAAUGACCACCUUUUAGGGAACGGAAUUCUGAUGAAUGAAAUUUCAGAGCAAGCGAUAGCACUUUAAAUUCUUAGAUUCAAAAAUAAAACAAAAUAUAUCAGUCAUGAUUGGAGUAAUUUUUUGCUGG